AUGGCUACCAACAUUACUUUUCACCCCGGUUCCGUUACUAGAGAUGAACGUACAAACUUCUUGGGCCAUCCCGGCAUGACCAUCUGGUUGACUGGUUUAUCGGCUUCUGGUAAAUCCACCAUUGCUUGCGCUUUAGAACAAUACCUCUUGCAAAACGGCAUCACCUCUUACCGUUUGGACGGUGACAAUGUACGUUUUGGCCUCAACAGCGAUCUUGGUUUCAGCGAAAAGGAUCGUAAUGAAAAUAUCCGUCGUAUUGGCCAUGUUGCUAAACUUUUCGCUGAUGCUUCUGUCGUUUCCAUCACUUCUUUCAUUUCCCCUUAUUGUAAAGAUCGUGACCAAGCCCGUGAAGCUCACGAGAAGGACGGCUUACCUUUUAUCGAGGUCUUGGUCGAUUGCCCUGUUGAAGUAGCCGAGCGACGCGAUCCCAAAGGUCUAUAUAAACGUGCUCGCGCCGGUGAAAUCAAAGAAUUCACUGGUAUUUCGGCUCCUUAUGAAGCUCCUGUUGCACCUGAAGUCGUUGUCUCUUCCGGUACCAUGUCCACUGAACAAUCUGUAGAAAAAAUCGUUGCUUAUUUGCAAGAGAAGAACUUGGUUCACUUGAAAAACUAA